CCCAGAAUAAUAUGCAGCUUUCACGGCAGAGUAAUUUAUGCGCUUUAAUGAAAAUAUAGAACAAAAGUAAAGAUAGAGCCAAAAAGCGGACACAAAUUGAUCGCGAAAACCACUCAACAACUGGCGCCGUUUCGAAUUACGAUCGCCUUGAGUCGAUUUCCUUCAAAAGACUUUUUAUCUAACAACGCGGAAAUAUUCUUUUUUUCACCAAAAUUUCUCGGUUUUGGUAUCAGCUUUAUGUACGAGUAAUAUUCUAUUCGAAUGCGAGCUAUUGAGUAAUAAUCUGUAUUCAUUCGCUAAAGGCCCGAGUCAGUUUUUUCCGCACAGAACACGGCAUAUUGUCGAAGGCAGCCGAGGCUGGUCUGUGAUGAACACAACACUGUAGAGUCCAAGAAAAUGAUUGCCAAGAAGGUUAGCAUCACAAACUGUAGCCCCAAACCGAUCGUGAAGCCGGCGGCGGCGACCUCGUCUUCAUGGCCUCUACCAAGCCUACGGCUUGUUAUAGUUUGUGUUUCUUUAGCUGUCACUCUCACGAUGUCAGCUAUGAUCAUUUUUGUGGACGUACGAGCGCCUUCUUUGGCCGAUAUCUUUUUGUCCACAAUAUAUUUUCCUUUGGGUCAAGGACUGCAACUGAAGGCUCGGCGUUGGUCAAAUAACAAGACCGAGUGUUUACACUUUUUCAAGACUAAAGACGAAAACUUCAGGCGCUUUGAAGGUCUGCAGUGCGGACACGCGUUCUGGCAAAGCACUGCGAAUCUCGAGGAAAAAGAUCGAUAUGUAAAAAAAAUUGCCACGAAUUACAGACUGUUCGAGAGGGAAUCACUCGCCAGCAAGUAUUUUGAUGAAUAUUGGCACGAAAAACUCAAAGAUCCAUUACCAACGAGUUUUUAUAACGAAGAAACUAAAAACUCUCCGAAAGCAGGGAAUGAAUUCCGCGCAUUCAGAUGGGAUCCACUUGUGCCUUUGCCAACGGAAAUAUCCCACAUUUCGGGUACGAGUCAGUGGAUUCACCGCGCCGGUUCCACAUCUAGACAUAUCAUCUACAUUUUCAGGUAGGGAAAAAGUUGACACGAAGGUUAAAAGAUCUCGUGGGAAUUAAUAAAUUUAAAAGUCGGCGACAUAAUUAUUUUCAUUUUAGGGUUUGUUUUAAAAUAUUUGUUAAAUGUUGAAGAAAAAUUUUUUGAACAGAUAUUUUGUUAGCCGAUGUGAAGAUGAAAAGCUAAAUUUGAUGCUUUCAAUAGCACGUCAGAACAGGCUUCAAUGGCACCAAAAGACAAUAUUCAACGCUAUUGAAAUAAGAUUGCUCGAAGUAAUUUACACCGAUCGCGAGAGUCUAGCUAGCAAUUGGUUUCAAAGAUAUACUCAAAAAGGAGAAAGAAAAAAAGAAAAAAAUUUACGGUGUACAUAAUAUUUUUUCAUUUAGCACCGAGCGUCGGCGAAAAUCAAUGAGAUAUAAAUUUCCCCGAACGUCUUUAAAAUAGUUUUAGGAAAAUGGGCGAUUCAAAUAUUCAUUGUGCGAAAUGGAUAAAAAAAAAACGGUGCAUAUAAGAAACGAAGUUUUUUUAAAUUGAUUUUUAGGUUUGACAAAAGAGAAAGAAAAAAAAAGGCCAUAAGGAAUAAUUGCCAAACACAGCUUAGAAAAGCUACGGCAAGAGAAAUGCGUAUGCGUCCAAUAUCCGGUUUGGAAUUUUUUUUCAUUUGAAGUAGUUUGUACAGUUGUUUGCGGAACUAAACGGCAUAUUCAGUUUUUGAUAUCGUUAUAUUUCGCAUCAAACAAUACGAAAUCUAAAAAACCUGAAUGGUCUUAUUUGUUUAUUCCAUCUGAUCAUACAGGCGAUGAUAGAAUGUUGUGUUUUGAAAUAUUUGUAACUUCUUUUCAUGUGUAUCAGUGGAAGAGAUAGCGGUUUGGGAUAAAAUGAACGAUGAAAUAAAAUCCAGUUAUUUUGCGGUCAGUACAUUGGGUUUAUUUUAUUAAGGAAAGAACAAAGUUCUAACUUCUGUCAUGAAUUACCAGUUUGAAUAACAAACAGGCCCUGCUGGAUAGAAUAAAAAUUUAAUUAAAAACUCUUAGGCCUUCAAUACAGUUUUAGGCCAGUGUUGGGUAUUUCAUGGAUCAGUUUCUGAAAUAUUUGUUUGAUCGAACAUAACUUUGAUUGCCUAAAGCCAGAGUAUACUUCAAUAAAGUAAUGAAAGCGUAGCACCGCAAGAACAGGUUGAAACAGGCGGUUAUUCACAAAUGGGAGGGAAAUAGCAAUUAACAAGUUACAAAUUUACAAUAAGGGUACAUUUGGAGUGGAUAAAACACUUUUUAAAACUCAUAAAUGUGGCUUAGUUAAAUUGGAUCAUGAAAGAAACAACACUGGUAAAAAAGUGGGUAGAUAUGAUGGAGUCUUCCCAUGUGAUGUGGAAAACUUACUGACUAGCGUUCAACAGAAAUUAAUAUCAGGUUACCAUACCUCCCUUGUGGAAAAAAAAAACUUUGUCGUCAUUCUUUUUUUUUUGUCAUCUUGUUUUGUAAACUCUAUGGAUCAUAUCCCGCUCUCGACGGAUAAGGAACCAACAGGUUUACUUCGCUCCCCGCUGUUCGAAGAGUUGGUCGUUCACACGCGAUAAACCAAAAUGUUAAUUCGUUUUCCUGGUACUUCGUUUACUCUGUUUAUACAACAAAUCCUAUUGAAACUCUGACUGAUUAAAAAUGGUGCAAGUCGCUACUAUUUCCGUUCAGAAAGAAGACGAUUUGUGUAAUUAAAGAGAUCUGCUGAUAGUAUUUCAGUGUUCCUUUUCGGUGCGCUGAUAAUUGAAAUCAUAAUUUCUAAUUGUCUGUUUUUUUUUUCUAAUGUCAGUUCUUAAAAAAGAUCCCAAGUAUUUGAAAGCGAAAGAAUGACAAAGGCGCACACCAGGAAAUGACAAUCACUACCGUAUACUUAUUAAAAUGGAAGAGUGAAAUGAAUGUUUUUUUCUAAGAACUUGACAGUAAACUACUUGCUUAAAAGCCUCCAAAUAAAAAUAACUGAACAUGUAGCCUGAUAAAUUUUUCUUCAUCCGAAGAAAUUGCGUUCAGUCAUCAAGCUGAAGAACUUAUAGCCCCAGAUCAAGACCCCCAUAACCCGAUAUAUGUUUUUGGGCAAUGAAAAUGCUGCUGUACUGCGACUCGCAAAGAAACUUGUGAUUCAGGAAGGUUUCGCUUGUUGUCGUUUUAAGCUUCAAAUCGUGAAAGGUCGAGAGUGAUUCAAUAUUAAACGUUUGAAGUAAAGGGCUAGGGAGACAAAAAAUUUUGGCUAUAUUUCCAAAGAAGGUAAACAACGAAGAUAAAAAGACAGUAAGAGCACAUUUAAAAAGUGAACAUUUAUCUUGAAUUUUGCCAACAGGUGCUAACAAAAAAUGAAUACUUUGAUCUAACCGAGUGUCAAAUAUCGGAAGAACAAUUACAUCAAGUCAGAUGGCGGCACUGAUAAAAGCUUACAUUUCCUAGGGUUUAUGUCAAUAGUAAUUAUUGUAAUAAUGAUAUGAUUCAAGUAUGAUGCACGGUUCUAAGACUGAUGUCAGCCUCAUAAUAAUGGUGACCCAAUUUUCUUGAAAACACACCUUAUUGCAUGCAUUAACGUUAUCACAGAGAGCCCUGCUGAUUUACAUGUAUUUUCCGAGGAAGAUUUAGUUGGUUUUUAUCAACUAGAUGGAUAUUAUUUUAAUGGCAUCGUCAAUAGCUUAAUUAAUUUUUGAUGAAGUAGCUGUCAUUAGUCAUUGUCAAGGGAGGAGGGGGCUCGGGCGAGGAUAUUUUGAGGGAUCAUAUAGUAUUCAGGGGGGAAUGGAGGGGGAUCAGUUGUCGCUAACAGAGUUUUAAGGGGGGCAUAGAAAAUUGACUGCCAAUAGGGGGGAAUUUAAAUACUGCAGAGCCUUAUAGGGAAUACAGGUAAAUGUUUGACCAUUUUAUUGUGACACAAUCAUAAUCAUCUGACCCCCUCCCAAAGGCGAUAAAUAUUGACUGGUUGCUUAUGUAGGCAUCUCACGGGUUCAAAGUCCGUCUUUAAGUAAGGUAGGAACAUCUUCAUAAGAUUCGCUACCAUCGAUCGAAAAAAAAGUGUUUGUUUGAAGGGCUUUUCAAUACCUAGAAGACGUUUAUUGAUCCUUUUUUAUCGAUGAUGAAUUUCAUGGAAAGCUUACGUGAAUAAGACCUUUACCAGGUCAUUAAAUAUGUAUUUUCUUAUUUUUUCCCCCGAACUUCAGACAGGGACGCGUUUUUGCGCGACUGUUGGUGCAAGGCUUUAACAACAGUAAGGAUCCCAGACUUGGGGUGGAGUUUGCAGGAAGGUGAGGACAACGAAUCGCUUAAAACGUUUAAUAUCGUUUUGCUUCUGUCGGAGAGCAAUGCUGCUCAUUACUUAAUUCUACUGGAGUCAGGAUAGAGCUUUGUAGAAUAGUACUUCUAAUUCGCAUCCCGAUGUUACCUUUUUGAAUGCAAAAUAAAUUUAUCUGACCGAUGUCUGUAACAGCGGUACUGGACCCACAGCUCUUGAAACAAAAUUCAGUGUCCAACACAAAGUCAGGUCAAUACAAUUGGAUACAGAUUACACGACUUAAAUUGCAUCGCUGCGAGUUUAAUCGUCGCGUUUAUUCUCCCUAGGUUGGCUGGUGUCAUGGCAGAGCUGAUAGAGGAAAAUGAACCCACCCCCCUGCGGAAGUUUCUGUUAAAUGUACAGUGGGGUAUACGAUACUUUAUACGAGCCACGCCCCUGCUUUGUGCUCAAAAACGUAAGAAAUAUUGUUUCAACAAAUUUUAACAGCAUCCAUACGAAUAAAGGGGGGAAGUUUCGAAAGAAACUGUGGUGCUACUUUGGUGGAGGAACGUAACAAGAUAAUUUUGGUUUUAUCAGCUGAGUUGUUAAUGUAAAUAGGCCAUCGUAAAGAGUUUCAAAGCUGACGUUUCGAGCGUUAACCCUUCGCCAGAGCGGAAGGGCUGCCGAUCUUGACGGCGGCCAAUCUUUAACUCAGUUGAUAAAACCAAAAUGAUCUCAAAGUUCCAUAUGUUCGCUCCAAUAAAAAGUACUUUAUAUUUCCCGCACUUUUUGCACGACCUAGGUUGUCCCUAGCACUCCAGCCCUUCGUAGGAGUUCCGGGUUGUAAUACACCUUCAGGUGACUCUCCGUUUCCAAAUCUUCUUUCAACUGUUUUAUUGAGAUGACUUGCACUGAUCUACACUAGCAAGAACAAUUUUAUUAUUCUGUUCCUUUUAGCUAGUCCUACGCUAGGCAAGGCAGUCCAUCAGAUACAAUUUUUGUGUUCUGUUCUCUUAGUUAGUCCUACGCAAGGCAAGACAAUCUAUCAGUUACUAUUUCGUUAAGAUAAGAUCACAAUUCCUCGUGUUAACACAUAUUCUGACAAAUUUUUAUCUACACCUAAGGUUGAGGCUGUCUCCAUGGCUCUGUUUUAGUUUAGAAAAGGAACUCAUUGUUAUCAAGCUUUCGUGAGUUCAUGAUAUUAGAUAUGAAAAGGAGAACGCCAAAACACAAUUUACAAAUACAGUAGUUCUAUCUUACGACAGUUUUCAAUGAUCCUCGUUGUUGUUUUGAAACAGAAGGGAAUCUCAUUUCCAGAGGUCACGUUCCCAUAAUCCAUGGCAGGUCGCAAAGUGGAUAAGCUGAAAUAAUUUAUGAACUUACAGAUUUUUCCUUAAAUUUAAUUUUCCGAUUUCUACCAUGCCUUGCGUUUAUUCCGUUGUUUUUUGUUUUUUUCUAGUUUCCACGGCGCUGUCUAUUCUCUCUCAUUGGACAAGCCAGCUGCUUAAUUGUACAUGGUCUUCACUGCGCAUGUCACUUACCUCCCAGCUAUUUGCCUGCUGGAGGCAUUUGAUUGGUGCGUACACGAUCAUUUGAUUAAACAAUUAUUCGUAAAAUGGGAAGUCAAAAUCGUCCAUAAAUCUUAACAUUCCUUGUGUCUCUUUCACCCUCAGGUUCAGGGUUAGGAGAUCUGCAUUUCUUUGGAGUGGCCAUGUUGCUGCUGAUUCUCCAUAAGUUGCACAUGGUACUUACGGUAAGUUAAUCAUCGAUGUAGAAACAUUACGAUCAAUGGAAAUAUUAUGCAUUUAUUAUUCCACUUCUAUGUCAUUUAACCAAGUGAGAUCAUGAGGACGUGCAAAAUUAACCACGGGGGAGGGAAAUUGUUUACGACAAAAUUUCAAAGCCGAAAUCGGACACAGGUAGUGGGUAGUUGACUCAAUGUCCGAAGUUUGGCGGUUUGUUUACAUCAGAAGUCACGUGACACUACACGUGAAAUCUGAGGUCGAAAAGGUGAAUUACUGAACAGCCGUAGAGCAAUAUGGCAUCCACUUGUUAAAUAGUGUAAGCUUUCCUUCAUUAGCGCUAACUGUCUUCGAACAACCAAGCUAAAAGACUUCUCAGAAAUGCAAAGCACCAAAGCUGGAAGAUAAAGCUAAUUUUGCUUUUCUUUGUUUUGUUAUUUUCAGCCAUAUGAUCAGAUGGACUUCUCCCAAGUCAGGUGUCAAAGCAUGUUAAUGUCAGCCAUCGAGAGAGCCCGAAGACAAAAUUUGCUCAAUCAGGAUCUGUUUUUACAGCCAAACUAAUGAACUUAUUCUUACAAGUGAGAGCAAACAAAUUAGUUUGUAUUAAUAUGAGAGAGCUUUUAAUUUAUUGACAAAUUCGAAAUUUAAAUAAACCACGUACAUUAUGUACCAAAUAUUGCUGGAAAAUAAAUAAAGUUGAUGAAGC